CUAGCGUCAAUCUGACUUCCUGGCUUUGGUGGUACCUGAGUGGACGGCGUUAUAACAGAGGUGACUUGAGGGGAGUCCUCUGCGACCGCUAGAACGACGUUGGCACAAUUGCUAAAUGGCAGCCUCCUUCGCCCCUUGGUCAAGACUGAUCCGUUUCGUCAGCGCUGAAGAUGGCCAGGUGCACUAUGGUCAGCCGAUCGAAGGCGAUGUGGACGUAGGAAAAGCGAUGGAAGACGGCAAGAGAGUGAAAGCUCACAAGAUCGUCGGCGAAAAGCUUCCUUUCGACGGGCAAGUAGACACGAAAACCGUGUUGACAGUCCAGAAGCUACUCUCGCCCAUCGAUCAACACGGCUGCGGAGGCUCGCUGCGCCUUCUUGGAGCCAACUACAAGGUGCACGUGGAGGAAGCUGGGAUCCCAUUUCCACAGGAACCCAUCGUGAUGGUCACACCUCGCAAAUCACUUGGUGGACCAGGCAACAUCAGCGUUCCUGCUUUUGUUCACAAAGACAAAGACCAGCUCGACUACGAGGCAGAGCUGGCGGUGGUGAUUAGGAAAGAUGUCAAGAACGUGAAGAAAGAGAAUGCCCUUGACUACGUACUGGGGUACACGGGCGCGAAUGAUGUUACUGCACGUUUUCACCAAAAGUCACAAGCCCAAUGGAAUUUCGCGAAGGGAUUCGACGAUUUCAAUCCUAUAGGCCCCGUCCUUGUCAGCAACCGCUGUAUCGCUGACCCGCAGAAUAUUGAUUUUGAGGGUUUCCUGAACGGCAAAAGCAAGCAAAAGAGCAACACCAGCGACCAGAUCUUUGGCGUCGCGGAGACGAUCGCCUUCCUCUCGAACGGAAGCACACUGGAAGCAGGAACGAUCAUCCUUAUGGGGACCACCAGCGGCAUCGGUUACUUCAGCAAGCCCCAGUCGCUCAUCCAAAAUGGCGACACUUUUGUCGUGUGGCAUGGAGAUCGGAUAGGGAGCCUCAUCAACCGGUUCGUCUUUGAGAGUUGAGGCACCAACAGCAACUUCGCCGUGAAGGGCCGAUUCACCGAAAGUGUCGGAGUAAAUCUACUUCAACCUGUUUUCAAAGGAUACAUGGAUUCAAGGACAUGAACAAAUAAAAUCUACUUUGGUUGUAUUCCAAGAUUAUUGAGACUAAAGGAAAUUAAAGCGACC